AAACUCGUAAAAUGGCCGCGCGGCGUUCGCUGUCAGCGCGAUCGCAAUGCCCGAUGUUUACUAUCCCGAUGUGAGGCAGCGCUAGGCGACCCGCUCGCAUUGCGCUCCCAGCACCGGAAGGCGACGGGCGUGCGCCCAUCCGAGGCGAAGAUGACCAUCAUCGUGUUCCUGAUUGAUACGUCGGCGUCGAUGUUUCAAAGGACGUACGUCAACGGCCGGACGACAAUACUAGAUGUCGCUAAGUCGGCGGUGGAAUAUUUUGUGAAAUUACGCCAGCGAAGUCCCGACAGCCGCAUCGACCGCUACAUGCUGCUCACCUUCGAAGAGCCACCGAACAAUAUUAAAGCAGGAUGGAAGGAAAACCUGGCAACCUUUAUGAAUGAAUUGAAAAAUCUUCAAUGCUACUCUAUGACUACAAUGGGUGUUGCAGUGAAACAGGCUUUUGAUAUUCUCAAUAUUAAUCGUAUGACUUCUGGAAUUGACACUUAUGGCCAAGGCAGAUGUCCGUUCUUUCUGGAAACUGCUGUGAUUGUAGUUAUAACCGACGGCGGCAAACUCUCCACGGUCAAUGGAGUGCAUGAAGACUUCAACCUGCCCAUGAACAAUCACAUUCCAGGCUCGGAAAUGACGCGCGAGCCUUUCAGAUGGGAUCAGCGAUUAUUCGCGCUUGUAUUACGCUUAGCAGGCACACCGGCAGUCGAAAGAGAUGCCGGUAUCGUACCAACGGACCACAGUCCAAUCGACGCAAUGUGUGAAGUCACCGGCGGUCGUUCCUACUCGAUCACAUCACAAAGAAUGCUCAAUCAAUGCAUAGACAGCCUAGUGCAGAAAGUACAAAACGGAGUUGUUAUUAAUUUUGAAAAAAUUGGGCCAGAUCCACCGCUGGUGAACGAAAAAGGCGAGGAGGAUGCUAUGGGUUUAGAAAGCGGUGAAUAUGCUGAAGAUAGAAUGCAAUCCGGGACACCACAGUGGUAUCAAUGUCGAAAAAUGAUCUAUGUACCGAAAAAUGCAACGCAGAAGGGGUAUCCGGUUGGAUUCUGGCCUAUUCCGGAGAGUUUCUGGCCCGAGGCCACUGCAAACGUUCUACCACCCCGAACAGCGCAUCCAAACGUAAAGUUUACUUGCACUAGUUCCGAUCCAAUGGUGAUUGAGAACCUUCCAUUUGAUAAAUAUGAACUGGAACCAUCGCCAUUGACGCAGUACAUUUUGGCGAGAAAGCAACCGAUGGUUUGCUGGCAGGUAUUCGUUCCGAAUAGUUAUAAAAAUACAGAAGUCGGUCAUCCAUUCGGCUAUCUCAAAGCCAGCACGAACUUGAACUGUGUUAAUUUAUUCGUGAUGCCUUAUAACUAUCCGGUUUUACUUCCACUACUAGACGAUUUAAUGAAAAUUCAUCGAUGGAAACCAUCGAACGAAUGGCGAAAUCAAUUCCAAAAUUAUAUGCGUACACUUCCGGCGUAUUACGCGAAUCCCCUUCGAAGGGCAUUAACUAGAAUGGGACAACCUUUGCAAUUGGCGCAGUCGUUAAUUCCAGAGAAUGUGGAAAAUUGUCUGAGCUACUCGGUGAUGAACUAUUUAAAGAAAUUGAAGAAUAUGGCGAAAGCCGAGCACGAUAAAUUGUGCAAUGAUAUUAUUCAAAGGCAAUCUGGUAUGAACGUUUUGAAAAAUACGUUUAAUACACCGGAGCAAAUUCGCGUCCUACCGAAAGUCUUAGUCAAAAAGGAUUUGAUCAGUCAUCCUCUAUUAGCUGAUAAGUUCAACGGCCACAAGGUUGAUAUUUUGGUUGACCAAUUGGUUAAUCUUGGGACUAUGUACAUUGGCACCAUGGACAAAGAAGGCAAUACGAUUAACUUUAGAAAUCCAUUUGAUAUUCCUAGAAGUCGAUUAAUGCAACAGGUGGCACUAAUGCGAAACAACUUCCUGCAAUGUGAUUGGGUAGUGCAAGAUCAAGAUAGCGCUCAUGCACUACCAAUAUCACAAAUGGGCAACUAUCAAGAGUACCUUAAACGCCAAACGCCGCAGCUACGCGAGCUGGAAUCCGCACCAGUGAGGCAACACAUGUUUGGCAAUCCAUUCAAGAUUGACAAACGAAUGAUGGUUGAUGAAGCCGAUAUUGACUUUGGCUCAUCCUCACCUGGUGGUACAAAUCGAGCAGCAAAGCGUGCGAAUAACAGCGGUAUGGACGCGUCGGCGCGAAUACCGAGCAAGAGAAAACCAGGUCCGCUACCGCGCGAUUUAAUCGUGCGCCGACCUAGUAUGGACAUUACCCCACCGGCCAGUCCUGUUCAUUCACCGCUACCGUCCCCUAUACCUUGGCUCUACCCUGAACGGGUACCACCCCUGGAAGAACCACCUCCGAUUGUUGUCAAUCACAUCACGACGAACGGAAUCGACACCGUUGCGCAUGUGGAACCUCCACGACCGCCAUCACCCACAAUGAUACCAUUGCUGCCGUUUAAUAUUACACCACCCGAAUCAGUGGCUAAUUCCACACCGGCGCGGGUAUUUCCACCCACGCCAGAGCACAACGAUUAUUUUAAUUUCACGCAAGACGAUAAGCAGAUCUCUCAAAUCCUCAAGGAGGCUAAUAACACGGUGAAUAAUAACAAUGUGCAAAAUAACAUCAAUAACGGAAUUGCAACUAAUGAGAUUAAACAAGAAAUUAAGGUGGAAGUGACCGAAUCGAAGCAGGAAAUCGAUAGUGCGAACUUUGAAGUGCGUAAAACGCUAAACAGACUUGUUCGGCGGCCGGGUAAAAACUUUACGGAACUGUUCGAGAAACUAAAGACACUGAAAGGCGACGUCGAAGUGCAAGUGAGUGUGCUGCAGCUAGUGAUCAAGGAAUCACUACGAUUUAAACGGCAGUACCUCGCCGGUUUGCUAGAGGAGCACAUUCAGACGUUACUUGGUGGCGAAAACAAGUGACUAAUCCUGGCAGCCGGCGACUGAGAUCAGAAUUAUAUCAUUUUGUACAUAUUCACAUACGCACACUCCGGCGUUCGAGGACGCACGAGUAUUAUUUUCAUUAAUAUUGAUUAAUUAAUUAAUUUAUGUACAAAGCAUUGUUAAGCCAUUUGUAAUUCAUUUUUGUCACUUAUUCAUUGAUGUGUUUGUACAGACAACGCGUACGAAAGAAGAUUUUUUAAAUGUU